UUUUCUUGGUGUAAAGUUGAGCUUGAAGUUUAUAAUCCAAAAGACAUAAAUCCAUCUAACGAUACAACAGCAACAUCACCACCACCACCAUUAACAGUAAUGUCAUUGAUCUUACGUACUGUUAUGAAUUAUAAAAAAAAUGUCAAUGAAAUAGUUGCUUUUAGUUGUCGUGUCAUACCUGAAGCAAAUCCUGAAGCAUUUCAAUUUACAGCAAUCAGGCAAUUAAAUGAUAAAAAAUGGUGGCCAAUUGGAUUUGAAGAUUUAAUCAAUAAAAGUAAUGUAAAUUUGAGACUUGAAAAAAACGAAUAUGCUUUGCUGAACUAUUUAAUAGCAUUAAUUAAAAAACAUGAUCCUGAUAUUUUUGUUGGACAUAAUUUUAUGGGAUUUGAUCUUGAUAUAUUAUUACAUCGUAUAAAUACACUAAAAAUUAGAGAUUGGUCAUGUUUUGGGAGAUUACGUAGAACAAUUUGGCCAAAAAUGAAAUCUGGUGCUGGCGGUAUUGGUGAAUCAACUUACGUAGAAAAAAUAGUUGUUAGCGGAAGAUUAUUGUGUGAUAUCUUUACAAAUGCAAAG